AUGGGAUUUGGUGUCCUGCCAGGAUUUCUUGUGGAUGCGCUGGGUCCUAGUGUGACGACAGGCAUUAGCUCGCUGUGCCUGAUGAUCGGAAUGAUGGGCGUGGGAUUCGGAUUGCUGUUUAGAGUAAAAGUUAGAUUCUUGUUUUCGCGUUUCUUGUUCGAAAUAUAUCGCAGCUCCGGCCUCCUGUCCCAAGAAUCUACAUUAAAUUCUAUCUUCGUAGUAAGUACGUUGAUUAUAUCAUAUUACUACUACAUUAUUGUAUUCUAUCUUCGUAGUACGUUAAUUAUCACACAUCAUAACACGUCUACCUCUCUCCUCGUGCUCCUCCAACCAUCUCACACAUCAUAACACGUCUACCUCUCUCCUCGUGCUCCUCCAACCAUCUCACACAUCAUAACACGUCUACCUCUCUCCUCGUGCUCCUCCAAUGAUCUCUUCGACUCCACAGUCUCCGGUCCUGCUAUAUCCCGCUAGCUUCGUCUUCGGCAAUGGCAGCAAGGGCAUUUGCUUA